UCAAAGGUUUCAAUAUUUUUAUUGUUGCAUGCGAAGCGCGAAUUUCAUCUGGUUUAUUCCAGGUGUCCAUAUAAUAGAAAUCUAACUGUGAAUGCAUUGUUCGUGGAUUUCACGUAUUUAAUUACGUUUUUUGGGCAAAUGCCCGCUGGCGAUUAAUAAAAAUUUCAAGCUGAACCACAGAAAAUAUGGCACGUAACAAGAAACUUCGCCGGAGCGUCGGAUUGCGAAAGACGCCCAGAAAAUCAGUUGGUCGAGCUUCAAGAGUACAAAAAGUUAGACUACCGGAAAUGAGAGAAAACAACCGACGCCAGGAUAAGCCUCGUGAUCAGUUUAAGGUUCGCCAGCAAAAGCUCCUCCGCAGAGCUCUGAUGAAAGAGAAAAGAAAUAAGGAAAAUAGUAAUCGGUCACCCUCGCGGCCAAUAAUUCUGUAUCCACCGAUACCGCCGCCUCCACCGCCGUCUCACGUCAGCGGAUCAUCACCGUCGCGAAGAGUCACGCGCCGCAGAGCCUUUCGUCGUUUUGUGAAACAAACAACAGCCAGUUCCGAUCCGAUAGUGAUAGAUUCGGAAGAUGACAGUGGCCCGCAAGAACCGCCGCCACUAUUCUACGUGGAUACAACGGGGGGCUUCAAUGAUAAGGAGGUACCAAAGUAUGGUGAGGACGACGGCGAUCAGGAUGAUGAAAGUGUUAUGCUGCUAGAAAGUACGCUGGAAGAAGGUGAGAUCAAAGAUGAAUCUAGUGUACAUGGGCGUCUGAACGGAAGAAUCAAUGCGGAGGAAAUACCAAUCUCCGAUGAUGAUGUCGAUUGUGAUGAUGAUCCAGUUCCUUUGCCUAGGAAGGCCAGUACAGAAGUCAUAUUCUGCUCCGAGGUGAUUGAUCUGGACCGUGAGGUUCGGCGGGAGCCAGCGUUGGAUUUUAUUCCUAUAGGGUACGAUUUGGGUGGAUGGAAAAGGAAGAAGCAGUCUCCGAGAAAUAAAACCCAGAAACAUGCCGCUGGGGACAAGUUAACGACUGACACAAAUGAUGAUACCGAAAACAAGCGGAUGGUUAUCAUCGAUGGUAACAACGUAGCGUUUGCGCACACCUGCGGUCAGACAUUCUCGGUCAAGGGGUUGGAAAUUUGUAUCGAGUAUUUCAAGAAAAUGGGUCACGAAGUCAAAGCGGUUGUGCCGCAGUUUCGGCUUAAAAAAGACAAAAGUACCGAUCAAAAACUCCUAGAGGACAUGUAUAAAAAUGGUGACAUUCUGCUAGCACCAAGCAAAAAUCUGCCGGGCCAACGAUCCUCGUCGUACGACGAUCGGCUAAUCAUUUCGGUGACGGAGAAGUUCGAUGGUGUGAUCAUUUCCAAUGACAACUUUAGAGACCUGUUAGCGGAAAAUGAUUCUUGGAAGAAGAUAAUCGAAACACGAGUGAUCGGAUACACUUGGGCGAAAGAUGCCUUUUUCUUGCCUGACGACCCGUACGGACGUCACGGACCAAAGUUGAAAGAGUUGCUGGCAUGUGGCAAGGAAGUGGCUGCCACACCAAAGGAGUGAUUUUGUUUUGUUUUUCUUUUCUCAUUUUUUUUUGUAUAAACGUUUUAUUUACCACAGAAUACUGUUAUUUGUCGCAAAAAAAUAAAAAAAUUCAACUGAAAA